UGUCAAAUCAGCCAGAUAUCUGACAUAAACGCCCAGCAGAAGCGAUUAGAUACACGUAACAUCUUCAGGUGUGAUCUCUGAGGCUGCUGUGGCUCACUCAUGCUGGAUUUAACCUGACUCAUCAUGGCCUGUGUUGACGAACCUCCAGAGAAGCACUGCUGGGUGUGUUUUGCCACAGAGAAAGAGGACCGCGCUGCUGAAUGGGUCAGUCCCUGCCGCUGUAAGGGCUGCACAAAGUGGAUCCAUCAGUCGUGUUUACAGCGAUGGCUGGAUGAGAAGCAGAAGGGAAACAGCGGAGGAGCCGUCAGCUGCCCACAAUGUGGCACCGAAUACCGCAUCGUUUUCCCCAAAAUGGGUCCUGUGGUGUACUUCCUCCAGCAGGUGGACCGGGCUCUGUCCAGAGCGAGUCCAUUUGCUGCGGCUGGAGUGGUCGUGGGCACCGUCUACUGGUCCGCUGUGACUUACGGGGCCGUCACGGUUAUGCAGGUGGUGGGGCAUAAGAAGGGUCUGGAUGUGAUGGAGCGAGCGGAUCCUCUGUUUCUGCUCAUGGGUUUACCCACCAUCCCUGUCAUGCUGGUGCUGGGAAAAAUGAUCCGCUGGGAGGAUUAUGUGGUGCGGCUCUGGCAAAGACACUCCGCCAAACUGCAGAUCUUCAGCGGCCUGGUGCCGGGUAUGGGUCGCGCUCUUCCCCGUGUCCCAGUAGAAGGCAGUUAUGGAGGAGAUCAUCUCUCUGUGUCUCGUACCCUGUGCGGUGCCCUCAUCUUCCCCUCCAUCGCCAACCUGGUGGGCCGUUUGCUGUUUCGCAGAGUCACGUCGAACCUGCAGCGCACAAUCCUGGGUGGCAUCGCAUUUGUGGUGAUGAAAGGAGUGCUGAAGGUGUAUUUUAAGCAGCAGCAGUAUCUCAUCCAGGCUAACAGACACAUCCUGAACUACCCGGAGCCCGAGGGACAAGCAGACGGAGCGACUGAAGACGAGGACAGCAGCAACGAAUGAAACAAACACACAUUCGAGGACGGCAAACCAAUGCACUGUAGUAUAGGAUUCGCCAAGACUCAAAGAGCUCAUUUUUUUCAGCUUCACACGCACUCUGAAUCAGCACAAACACAUGCUCGCUGUGUGUUAUUAAAACGCAAAGAUGGCCCGAGUUCUGUUAUCAUUGAGAAGAAGCAGACGUCGGGGUGUUAAAGUGCCUGUAAAUGCAAAAUUGACCAGUAGAUGGCGCCAAAUGCAAAAGCUGGUAAAUGCACUGCACACUGAUGUCUCUGAUGGAAAAUAGACGUUGACAUUUAGGAUGCAAAUUGUACCAGCUGAAUCAUGUUCAGAUUGUGAGAAUGACGUGAUUGAUUCUGUUUGAAAGGUAACACGCACUGGCUCUUUAAAUAUAGAUUAAAUAAAGGAUAAUAAACACAGAAA